AUGGCAUCGAUGAAGUUUAAUCUACCGCUGUUGGAUUACAAGACGAGAUUUGCACUGUGGCAAGUUAAGAUGCGGGUGAUUCUGGCACAAUCUUCGGAUCUUGAUGAGCGCUGGACGGUUUUGGAGGAAAAGGGCAGAAGUCAUGGACCGCUGAAGAGAAGCGGAAGGAUCGAGAAAACUGUCGCAGAACUUUGGCUCAAGCUGGAAUCGAUCUGUAUGUUUAAGGAUCUAACCAGUAAGAUGCACGUGAAGAUGAAGUUGUUCAUGCACAAGCUGCAAGAAGGUGGUUCGGUGAUGAACCACUUAUCGAUCUUUAAGGAGAUCGUUGCCGACCUAGUGUCGAUGGAGGGCGAAGUGUUGCAGGUUAGAGGCAGGCCCAAGCAGAAAACAUACAACAACAACAAUAAUCGAGACAAGAGCAAGAAUGAUAAAGGUCAUUCUAAGUCUAGAGGUAGGGGUAAGUUCUACAGUUCUUACGAGUCUAUGCAGAGUGGAGAUGUCGUGCGUAUAGGAGAUAACAACCCACGUGUGAUUGUGGGUAUUGGCUCCGUUCAGAUCAAGAUGCAUGAUGGCAUGAUACGCACACUGAAAGAUGUGAGACACAUACCAGGGAUGGCCAGAAAUCUUAUCUCUCUCAGCACACUUGAUGCCGAGGGAUACAGACACUCCGGUUCAGGUGGAGUGUGUAAGGUAUCAAAAGGUUCUCUCAUUCAUAUGAUAGGUGAUAUGAAUUCAGCAAAGUUAUAUGUUCUUAGAGGAAGUACUUUACAUGGUUCCGUCACUGCUGCUGCUAUUUCUAAUGAUGAACCAAGUAAAACUAAUCUCUGGCAUAUGCAUCUUGGGCAUAUGAGUGAACUUGGUAUGGCAGAAUUGAUCAAGAGAGACCUGUUGGAUGACUGCACUAUGGGUAAGAUGAAGUUCUGUGAGCAUUGUGUUUUUGGUAAGCACAAGAGGAUAAAAUUCAAUGCAUCUGUUUAUACCACCAAAGAAAAGUGUGGCCUUACUUUCUAA